AUGGCUUUGAGCUCAUUCGAUAUCGAUGCGCCACGAUGGGAUCAGUCCACGUUUAUGGGCCGACUCAAAUACUUCUUCAGCGUCACUGACUGUCGAACGGCGCUGCUGCCAGACUCCCGCCUGGAUGAGGCCAAAGCGUUAGUGGAGAGCUGCAGGGCUGGAUCCAUCCCCCCCGGGACCACGGAGGAACAGCUGUACUUCGCCAAGAAGCUCUACGACUCGGCCUUCCACCCGGACACCGGAGACCGCAUGAACCUCAUCGGCCGCAUGUCCUUCCAAGUUCCCGGAGGCAUGGCCAUCACUGGCGCCAUGCUGCAGUUUUACAAGACAGUUCCUGCUGUGGUGUUCUGGCAGUGGGUCAAUCAGUCUUUCAACGCUCUGGUCAACUACACAAACCGAAACGCUGCCUCCCCCAUCACUCCAAAGCAGAUUGGAAUAGCCUACGCCACGGCAACUAGCACGGCCUUGGCAACAGCGGUUGGACUCAACCUGUACACGAAGAAAGCCCCUCCUCUUGUGGCUCGCUGGGUUCCCUUUGCAGCGGUGGCAGCUGCCAACUGUGUGAACAUCCCCAUGAUGAGACAGCAGGAAAUCCUGAACGGCAUUGCAGUCACAGAUGAAAACGGCAACAAAUUAGGCCACUCGACGAAAGCAGCUGUGAAGGGCAUCACCCAGGUGGUCGUGUCUCGGAUCACCAUGGCCGCACCAGGAAUGAUUAUUCUGCCCAUCAUCAUGCAGAGGCUGGAAAGAUACAAGUUCAUGCAGAGGAUCACGUUUCUUCAUGCACCGAUCCAAGUGAUGAUGGUGGGAAUGUUCUUGGUGUUCAUGGUGCCUGCUGCCUGCUCACUGUUCCCUCAGAGAUGCUCCAUCGCUGUGUCCAAACUGGAGCCUGAGCUUAGAGACUCCAUCGUGUCCCAGUGCGGAGACAGCGUCCAAUAUGUGUACUUUAACAAAGGCCUCUGAGGAGCCGACACAGGAGUGUUUUUAACAGCCUGGUUCUGCAGCAGAGCUAAUGAAACACUGGGUUCCUACGUCGUGGUGAUUAAUGAGAGCUGUCCGAGGGCUUGGACGAUCCUUUUACUCUUAUUUUAUAUGGUUUAAUCAUGUGUCUGUAGCUCUGGUGACCAAAACGUGUUUUUUUUUUUGUUUUUUUUUCCCUCUACACAUGACACAUCCCAGAGGCACUGGGUGCUCCUGUUGACAAACCAAAUGAGCUCAUCUCAGGAACAGAGCAUUACUUUGGUUGUUUACUCGUCGUAUGUCUGGGCCUGUUUUUCAUCAUCUUAUAUUAGUGGGCGUUUUUUUUUCCUCCUUUCAUUCUUCUUUAAAUCUGUGCCUUCUUCGUAGUUGCAGGGGUGUCGAUGCUGCUGGGCUUUUGUUUUCCUUUUUCUAAAUCAGGGGUCUCAAACAUGUGUCCCGGGGGCCAAAUGCGUUCCCCCAAAGGUUCCAAUCCGGCCCCUGGGAUGAAUUUACAAAGUGCGAAAA